AUGGAAUCGGAGCAGUUGAUAUCGGGGAGUGGGUCCCGCUACGUCCAAAUGCGAUCUGAUACGGCGACGUCGCCGUCGUCGUUUCUGUGCCGGCUGUCGUCGUUCGAGCCGGCUCGGAUUUUCGAAGAGUUGCCGAGCGCCACCAUCGUCUCCGUCUCUCGUCCCGACGCCGGUGAUUUCAGCCCCAUGCUUCUCUCUUACACCAUCGAGUUCCAAUACAAGCAGGCGAGCACCGAUCUCUCUCUUCAUGCUUUUCACUCAUUCUCUUUUAAGUGGCGGUUAUUGAAGAAACCUUCACAUGUAUUCUAUUUGCAUUUUGCAUUGAAGAAACGGGCAUUUUUUGAGGAAAUUCACGAGAAGCAAGAACAGGUUAAAGAAUGGCUUCAAAAUCUAGGAAUAGGAGAUCACACUGAAGUGGUACAAGAUGAUGAGGACGCCGAUGAUGAGACUGUUCCCCUGCAUAACGAAGAAAGUGCUAAAAACAGAGAUGUUCCAUCUAGCGCUGCUCUGCCAAUCAUCCGGCCAGCACUCGGUAGGCAGCAAUCUAUGUCAGAUAGAUCAAAGGUUGCCAUGCAAGGAUAUCUGAAUCACUUUCUAGGAAACAUGGACAUUGUGAACUCUCGAGAGGUGUGCAAAUUCUUGGAGGUCUCUAUGUUAUCAUUUUCUCCAGAAUAUGGACCUAAACUAAAAGAAGACUAUGUGAUGGUGAAGCAUCUACCAAAAAUUCCAAGGGAUGAAGCUUUCAGGAAAUGUUGUGCAUGUCGUUGGUUCAGUUGUUGUAAUGACAAUUGGCAAAAGGUUUGGGCUGUAUUAAAACCAGGAUUCUUGGCCUUGCUGGCAGAUCCUUUUGAUACCCAACCUUUAGAUAUAAUUGUAUUUGAUGUACUACCAGCCUCGGAUGGGAAUGGGGAUGGCCGGCUAUCACUAGCGAAAGAAAUAAAAGAGCGGAAUCCCCUACGCCAUGCAUUUAAGGUGGCUUGUGGUAACCGGAGCAUUAAUUUGAGAGUGAAGAGUAGUUCUAAAGUUAAAGAUUGGGUUGCUUCCAUCAAUGAUGCUGGACUCAGGCCUCCUGAGGGCUGGUGUCAUCCUCACCGUUUUGGCUCUUUUGCGCCUCCAAGAGGCUUGACUGAAGAUGGUAGUCGGGCUCAAUGGUUCAUAGACGGUCGGGCAGCAUUUGAAGCAAUUGCUUCUGCUAUUGAGGAUGCAAAAUCAGAGAUAUUUAUUUGUGGCUGGUGGGUGUGUCCAGAAUUGUACCUGCGGCGCCCUUUUCAUGCUCAUGCUUCUUCUAAACUUGAUUCUUUACUGGAAGCAAAAGCUAAGGAAGGGGUUCAGAUUUACAUUCUUCUUUAUAAGGAGGUAGCUCUUGCUUUGAAAAUAAACAGUGUUUAUAGCAAGAGGAAACUUAUUGGGAUUCAUGAGAAUGUGAGGGUAUUACGUUACCCUGACCACUUUUCCAGUGGUGUUUACUUAUGGUCCCACCAUGAAAAACUUGUCAUUGUUGAUUAUCAGAUUUGCUUUCUUGGAGGACUGGAUUUAUGCUUUGGUCGUUAUGAUACUGCCGAGCAUAAAGUGGGUGAUUGCCCUCCUUUGGUAUGGCCUGGAAAGGACUAUUACAACCCAAGGGAAUCUGAACCAAAUUCGUGGGAAGAUACAAUGAAAGAUGAGCUGGAUCGUGGAAAAUAUCCUCGUAUGCCUUGGCAUGACGUUCACUGUGCCCUUUGGGGACCCCCCUGCCGUGACGUGGCUAGACAUUUUGUUCAGCGCUGGAACUAUGCAAAGAGAAAUAAAGCUCCAAACGAACAAGCAAUUCCACUACUUAUGCCGCAGCAGCACAUGGUCAUUCCUCAUUACAUGGGAAGAAGCCAAGAGAUGGAGAUUGAAAGUAAGAAUGCUAACCAUCAUAGAAGGCAGGAUUCCUAUUCGUCAAUAUCAUCCUGCCAAGAUAUCCCACUUCUUAUACCCCAAGAAGCUGAUGGGCUGGAUUCUCCAAAGGAAGACCCAAACCUAAAUGGGAUGGACUCUCCUGAUCUCCUUGAACAGCCAAGCAGGGUUAGCAACAAUCUUGCUUUCCCUUUCCGAAAGUCAAAAAUUCUACCAGUAGGUCAUGAUACGCCAAUGAGAGGCUUUGUAGAUGACCUUGAUUCUUUGGCUCGACAUGGAAAAAUUGGUUCAGAUGAGGUGGCACAGCCUGGCAUGAAAAACGUGGAUCCAGAGUGGUGGGAAACACAAGAGCGGGGCAACAAGGGUGGCUUCACAGAUGAAUCGGGACAAGUUGGUCCUUGUAGUUCGUGUCGAUGUCAGGUUAUCAGAAGUGUCAGUCAGUGGUCAGCAGGAACAAGCCAAGUUGAAGAGAGCAUUCACAAUGCUUAUUGCUCUCUUAUUGAUAAAGCAGAGCACUUUAUUUACAUUGAGGGGGGUCUGGAUGAUGCUGGUGCAGCAUCUGUCAGAGCUGUUAUGCAUUGGCAAUAUCGAACUAUUUGCAGAGGACAAUUUUCAAUAUUGCAAAAUCUUAAUGAAAUUCUUGGUCCAAAGACACAUGAUUACAUUUCUUUCUAUGGCCUUAGAUCUUAUGGUAAACUCUUUGAUGGCGGUCCUGUGGCCUGCAGUCAGGUCUAUGUGCAUAGUAAAAUCAUGAUUAUUGAUGAUUGUACAACUUUAAUUGGAUCAGCUAACAUCAAUGAUAGGAGUUUGCUUGGCUCAAGAGAUUCUGAGAUUGGUUUACUUAUUGAAGAUAAAGAAAUGAUUAAUUCGCAUAUGGGAGGAAAGCCAUGGAAAGCUGGAAAGUUUUCAUUAAGUCUUCGCUUGUCACUGUGGUCUGAACACCUUGGUAUUCGAGCUGGAGAGAUGAAUCAAAUAAUCGACCCAGUUGUUGAUUCAACUUACAAGGAUAUCUGGAUGGCAACUGCAAAGGCAAAUACCACAAUCUACCAAGAUGUCUUUUCUUGCAUACCAAAUGAUUUUAUUCAUUCCAGAGCCGCAUUCAGACAAAACAUAGCCUACUGGAAGGAUAAAAUCGGGCACACAACAAUCGACUUAGGAAUCGCUCCUGAGAAGAUAGAAUUAUAUCAGAAUGGAGAUAUGAAGAAAGCAGAUCCCAUGGAGAGGUUAGGAUCUGUGAAGGGUCAUCUUGUAUCGUUCCCCUUGGAUUUCAUGUUAAAAGAAGACUUAAGACCUGUGUUCAAGGAGAGCGAGUAUUAUGCCUCUCCUCAAGUAUUUCAUUGA